GAUGUUGUGUAGCCAAUUGAAAUCGUGCUAUCAAAUAACAACUUCCACCAUUUAUUCGCGCCAUCCUUGAGUAAACGUCAAUAAACUUUCUUCAGCAACUGUAUAAUAAUGGCAAAAGUCAAUAUCGUUAAUGUUGUUGUGUUAGACAAUCCGUCCCCUUUCCUCAACCCAUUCCAGUUCGAAAUAACGUUUGAAGCAUUGGACAACCUCAGCGAAGAUUUAGAAUGGAAGAUUAUCUAUGUUGGGGCUGCUGAGAGCGAAGAGUAUGACCAGACACUGGAAACUAUCCUAGUAGGGCCUGUGCCCAGUGGCAGACACAAGUUUGUAUUUCAGGCCGGCCCACCAGAGACUACCAAGAUCCCAGUGCAAGAUGCAGUGGGAGUCACAGUGGUGUUGCUCACAUGUUCAUACCGAGCUAAAGAGUUCAUACGUGUCGGUUACUACGUGAACAAUGAGUACGACGAUCCAGAAAUGAAGGAGAACCCACCUUCUUCGCCACAUUAUGACAAGUUGAUGAGAAAUAUUCUUGCUACCAACCCACGUGUAACCCGCUUUAAAAUAGACUGGGAUGACACAGUAAGUGAAAUACCAGCAGAAAAUGGAGAAAACGUACCGCCGGCAACCAAUCUUGAGUCAGAAUCAAACCAGAUGAAUAUGCUGGGCUCAAGGUGUCUGGAAGAGACAAAACUUGCACACAAUGUCAACUCACAUGGCAUGGAUAUAGAUGAAACGAGCAUUAGCAUGUCCUGAAUCACUGUGGGGUGUAACCUGCUCAGUGGGGGGGACUUCCAAGCAAACUGUCGUUGGACUAAACUGUUUGAUAUGAGCUAGAGAGAGGUGUUAUGGUGGGAAGGGAACCUCUGAAUAUAUUUGUUCAGGAUAAAUGCAGUAUUUUGAUGUGAUGGAGUCAUAUAGUUAAAAUUAGAUUUCUUUUAUCAAUGGUGGGCUGGCAUUUAUUCGUUGUUGUUUUUUCACAGUAGGUGUUAAUUUGUUGCUCUGCAAACAUAUUUCACUGUUAAGGUGAACAUGAUUGAGGUAAAAUGCUCCUCUAGCUGGAAGGGUUGGUCAUGCAUUGAUCAGUAGCUUGGUUGGAAGUAUGUUAAUAUCAAGUUGUACAAAUGGGCCGUGCUCUGUGAAAAGGGGUUUAAUGCAUGUGCGUAAAGUGUUGUCCAAGAUAAGCCUGUGCAGUCUGCACAGGCCAAUUAGGGACAACACUUUCCACUUGUAUGAUAUUUUUUGUCUUCUUAGCAAAAAACCAGUUAUGGCAAAAAGUGCACGACUCUUUAUUCACAUCCAUUAGACCCCCUUUUCACAGAGCAUGGCAAAUUCAAAUAAAUUUCGUGAUACCAGUGAUGUUGGGCAAAUUAUACUGCAAUGUCAAUUAAUUAACUAAAGGGGUAUCACAUUCAAUAAUGCUUUUGUUAAUUCUCUGUUCUUUAAUUACUUUUUUCCAGUUAAGAGAAGUAGUUGUACAAAAAUGUGAAGUCUUGUAAAGAUAUUCAAGAUUAGGCUUGCUAGCCUUGUAUUUGAUUGAUUAUUGUUUUCAUUACUUUUUAACUUUGCAAUGUCUCAUGUUCUUUUCAAGUAUACCAAAUUGUGUUAGAUUGCAUUUAAAAUCAGCAUAUGUGAUAUUAAAUUGAUCAAAUGAUGGUUUUAGAUUGGUAAGCCAGUACAGAUUCUCAUCAGUCACCUUCAUAAUUGAUGUUCGUAAGAAAAAAUAAUUUACUUGAUGAAGUGCGUUUGCAAGUAAAUUGUUAUUUGGUAAUUGUAAAUUGUAAUUUUGAUUGUGAGUAUCUAGGGGUUCGUAAGUGUAUGAUACAUUGAAAUUUUCUACUUUUUUGCAAGGAUCAAAUAAAUUAAGUGGAGUUUAAAUUCUUGGUUAUUUUUGUUAAAUUUUUAUUAAAUGUUAGUCAGAUGUGUCAAUUUAGACAGGGAUGGCGAUUUAGAUAUAAUUACAUGCUUCUUUACUCUUGAAACUGUACUCGAUAUUUAUUACCUAAUAAGUUUAUAAAUCAGCAGUUUGUUAUGUUUCUGUCAAAUGUUGUGCAUAUGAACCUUUCAUGGCAGAGGCCUUUCAAUUGAUGGAGAAACUUGCUAUAUUUCUAUUAUUUAUUUGUCAGAAUACAGAUUACAGAUAUUUUUCCUUUGAAAAUGUUAAAUGAGGUUUCUUUAAACAGUGUGUGCUUGUCUAUUAUUGCGCUCAAAAUCAGGGAGCAAUUUAUAAUAAUGGAUGUGCUAUGUUUUAUUUAAAACCUUAUGUGUUUGCAAAUGUUGUGUUUUUGCAAGAAUAUAAAUAUGAAUUUAA